AUGCAUUUCCAUGCUUUUCUGGGCCACAACUCCCGGCAUGCCGCCUGUCCGGGCGGCGCGGCCCGGAGCUGGUUUGACGGGCGGAGCGGCGGCAGAGGAUGGAGGCGGUGGUGUUCCUCUUCUCGCUCCUCGACUGUUGUUCGCUCAUCUUCCUCUCUGUCUACUUCAUCAUUACACUGUCUGAUUUAGAAUGUGAUUACAUUAACGCUAGAUCAUGUUGCUCAAAAUUAAACAAGUGGGUGAUACCAGAGUUGGUUGGCCACACCUUUGUCACUGUGCUGAUGCUUGUUUCCUUGCACUGGGUCAUCUUCCUUCUCAACUUACCUGUUGCCACAUGGAAUAUAUAUAGGUUCAUUAUGGUGCCAAGUGGUAACAUGGGAGUAUUUGAUCCAACAGAAAUACACAACCGGGGACAGUUAAAGUCACACAUGAAAGAAGCCAUGAUCAAGCUUGGUUUCUACCUACUCUGUUUCUUCAUGUAUCUCUACAGUAUGAUUCUAGCGUUGAUAAAUGACUGAAGCUGGAGUAGCCGGGUUGAAGCCAGCCUACACUACACACUGCACAAUCGAGGAACCAGAGACUAAAACCACCCUUAGGACCGUGACCAGAGCAGUAUAUAUUUUGGUCUUUGAACAAAAGAACUAUUUUUGCUGUAUUUUUACGACAUAAAGUAUUUAAAAAAAAUAAAUUGAGUUUUUGUAGAUUUCUGAUUUCUCAACCCCAACACAUGAAGGUGUUUUGUCUCCUCUGUGGCUGUUUGGUAGAAGUAGGAAUAUAUGCCAGCUUUGCAUGCCAAAGAGAUAAAAGGCAUACCUAAGAGUCCUUAACCCAGUGGUUCUCAACCUGGGGGUCGCACCACCCCUUUAGGGGUCAAAUGACUCACAGGGGUCACCUAAGACCACUGAAAACAUAUUUACAUUGUGAUUCCUAACCGUAGCAAAAUUAGUUAUGAAGUAACAACAGAAAUGAUUUUAUGGCUGGGGGGUUACAACAUGAGGAACUGUGGCACAGCAUUAGAAGGUUAGAACCACCACCUUAGUAGAUGGCCGACUGUCUGAAAAGCCAGAGCAGAAAGCAAUACAGCUAAUAUGGACAAAUGAAGAAAGUCACGUUAAUGUCGCCCAAGGAUCUGAAGACAUUUCAGCUGUCUUUCAAUAGAAAAUGACGUUUUAAAAUAUAUUUAUUUGCAGUAUUUGAAACCUUAUGAGCCAUGUGCCCAAGUACAAUGUAAGUCCUGCUUACAGAAAGGGAAAGUAAAUUUAAAAUCAAGAUUCUAUUAAGGGCUUUCAUUUUAAAGCUUGUACCUCCAUAAUCACCCCCACCUCUGUCUAAUCACCUCAGCUCUUGCCAGACCUUAUUUUUGCACUGUAACUGUUCCAUUUAUAUUUGAUUUCUUUAAUAAUAUAUUUUAAUGGAUUUGGAGAAGUGAUUUGAUAGAGUCACCCCACGUCAGAAUGAGGAAACCGGUCAGUCAUUGUUAAACAAUGAAACAAGAACAGCCUGCGAGUUGUUCACUUGUGCCGAAUUCACUGCAGCUCCUUUUCUCUGGCACUGACCACGUUGUGGACUGGGAACCCAGCGGAGCCACUGUGUGCACAUGGCAGUACCUAGCUCCUCUGGGAGAAAGCCCUUGCUCUGGGUCAGAGCAGGCGGUUAGCCUAGUCU